ACUGGCAGUCACUCACUCUAACUCUCCACAGGACUCUAAGCUACUGGCUCCGUAUUCACUCGAGUUUAUUCUUUAUCGAUCCGCCCCUCUCUGCAUCUCCCGCUUCCCCCUCCCCCACCGCCCACCACCCCUCCAUAGAAUUAUCGCAUUCCGCAGCACAGCAGACGAAAUGGACAGACUACAAGUAUCGGAAGAUGAAUCUGACGAUCUUUGGAACUCUCCAUCCAAACGGGGAAAUAACCGUUAUGCCCCAAAAGUAUUGAAGGAAGAGAGCUUGUCGCCUGAGCCAUCGACAGUCCCCGCGCAUGAUGGAGAGACCAUGUUUGACCGUCAGGAGGCGCGUGAAGCCGCGUUGCGCAGCGAACUGGAGAGCGUUCGCAAGAUCAACCAGGUCAUUGAAAGUCUCCUCGGAAGCCUCGACCGCGCGAAAGGGAACAUGGAUACUGUAUCGCGAACGCUUGACUCUGCCUCCACCCUCUUGAAUACCUGGACUCGAAUUCUCUCCCAAACCGAGCACAAUCAACGGCUGAUCCUCAACCCCAACUGGCAAGGUGCUGUUCAGGAUGUGGCCGACUCAGAACACGAGGAACUCCUCCGGCAGCAGGCUGCUGAGAGACGCGAACGAGAGCUUCAACAACAGAGAGAGGCUGCUUCUCGCAAGGCCGCGGAGGAUGAGAGAAAACGGGCCGCUGCUGCAAGCGCCAGAGGCACACGCGGAUCGAGUUACGGAAGAGUGCGCACUGGCUUGGGAAGAACUCCCGGCAUCCCAUACUCGGGAACAAGGCCUGGCGCCACGAGGACCACCGCCUCAUCAACUACGACAGGAAGACCACCUACGACCAGUACGACGCGUAGACCAGCCAAUAAGGACGAAUCGCCUGAGGUGGAACGCGCAUUCUCCCCUUCGCUAGGCGAGGCGCACCGUACGAGACCCCCUAAUCUCCAGUCGCCGCGAGGCUCUCCAGCCCCUGCUCUUGCCUCCCCCGGUCUCCCGUCCCCGAGUCACUUUGCCGGCGGUGCAGGCAACGUCCACACCAGCGGCCAUGGAAACACUGGCUUCGGUAACGACCUGGAGGGUGGCCGCUUGAGUCUGGGUGCCUUCGAUACCAGUCUCCCCAUCCGCAUGGAUAUCAUCCACCUUCUUUUCUCCUGGUCGAGCUUUCUGUCCUGGCUCUUAUUCAUCGGCGAUCUCGCAAUGAUCGGGUUCUUGAGCAUGCGUGCUUAUCGUGACGUCGAUACGCUCGAUCACUUCGAGGUCCCCAUCUUUGGUCGUCUGGCUAACUCCUUUGUUGAUGACGAAUAACCUUAAUGUGUAAAACUCUGCAGGGCUUAGCAGGCAGCUAGUUUAAUAUUUUACCCUGCAUCGGGCAUGGGGCGGUUUUCGUGUCGUGCUAUGCCCCGGAAGAUGUUCACGGACUGAGUAGAGGUAGUUUCCUUUGUACAGUGUCGGCUUGAGAAUAUAUGUCAAUCCUCGUAUGAAUUCUAUGUGUGCAUAGCUGUGGCUUUCUAGUUCGCCG